ACAACAAAGUGUCUUUAGUUUUAUGCUUUUCUCAAUCUUUACCAUUAUAUUGCAAUUAAAAACAUGAGCAUGGGAAGAGGCAGUGCAAUUGUAGCUCUUACACUAUCAUUUUGGUUGCUAAUUCACUUUGAGAUGGCUCAUUCAGCCACCUACACAGUUGGAGGUGCAAAUGGUUGGACCUUCAACACGGUGGGUUGGCCCAAAGGGAAGCGAUUUAGGGCUGGUGAUACACUUGUUUUUAACUACAGCCCUGGGGCUCACAAUGUGGUGGCUGUGAAUAAAGGUGGUUACAAUGCAUGCAAGACACCAAAAGGUGCCAAAAUCUAUAAAUCAGGGAGUGAUCAGAUCAAACUUGUGAAGGGACAGAACUACUUCAUCUGCAAUUUCGUUGGUCACUGCCAAUCUGGAACCAAAAUUGCCAUUAAUGCUGUCUGAUUUAAUGCAUUUCACUUUGGACAAAAUGCACUAUUAUAUGUGUUUUUUCUAUCAAGGAUUUAGCUCGGUUGGUUAAACAUGCUACAUGAGUGGUGUAAAAUUUUAUUGAUACCGUGUUCGAAUCUUA